AUGACUACCUACUUUCAUCACACAGUGGACAGGCUCGAUCGGCCCAGUGCCUAUUAUGCUGGAAAGAAGAAGCGCAAGUUCAGUCAAGAUGAGCCCGAAAAGCCCGAAGACCCAUUCGAGCCCCUGAAGAAUGCCACGACACUUUAUGUCGGCAAUCUUUCUUUUUACACGACCGAAGAACAGAUCCACGAACUCUUUUCCAAGUGUGGUGAGAUCAAACGCCUUGUUAUGGGACUUGAUCGCUUCAACAAGACCCCUUGUGGUUUCUGCUUCGUCGAAUAUUACACUCACCAGGAUGCGCUGGACUGCUUGAAGUACAUCGGUGGUACUAAGCUCGACGAAAGAAUCAUUCGGACAGACCUUGACCCUGGUUUCGAAGAGGGCCGUCAAUAUGGUCGGGGUAAAUCUGGUGGACAGGUGCGUGACGAAUACCGAGAAGAAUAUGACCCUGGCCGUGGCGGUUACGGUCGCGCAUAUGCAGACGACCAACGAAGACGGGAGGAGGAAGAUUAUGGAAAAGGUAGGUAA